AUGAAAAAACUUCAAAGGAACGUCCAAAUGCUAUGGCAAAUUUUAAAAAGAACAAUAGUAGAUGGCGUGCGAUUUAGUCGAACUGCUCUGCGUUCCCUUUACCUUCCAGAUGAAACGAGCCUCUACACGGACACUUUUAUUCGCCUUAUCUUUGGCAUGUACUAUAUCUCUGCUAUUGUCAUGACGCUCGCGAUGACGCACAACGCACUACAGCAAGUAGUGUGGAGCUUAGUGUUCCCGGUUACUCAGGAAAUGGAAAAAUACAGUUAUAACUUUUCAUCUACAUGGACACUGAUGUUAGGUUUAUGCGAUAUUUUUCGCAGAGUCGCACCUUUUACGGCGCUAGGCAUUUCCAUCGCUACGGUUGGGCACAAAAUGAUCAACUGUAUCGCCGAGGCCAUGCUUGAUUCGUAUACAAAACACCAGGGUAUAGACUACCCCCUCACGCGUGCUAGUCUUCAGUUUGUGUUAAAGAAGCCAGCCCGUUUAGCAGCUCUCCUGGGUGUCAUGCCGGCUUUUUCUUGCUUGAUUAUUUUUAUUUUUUAUACCAGCAUAAUUGAGUUUCUCGUGCGAAAAGAGACUGAAGUCGUUAUCGCUACUUUUGUUGUUGGAAUCGUGCAGGUCAUGUUCGUCGGUCUGACCUUGCCCCGUCGGACUCAACCGAGGUUGAUUGAUGCACAGAAACCACAGCAGACGCUUCCGUGCGCUAAAGAGGGUUGCUGCGCUUGCCAACUGGAUGCCCCUGAAACAUCCUCGCUGUUUAGGGGCAAACACGGUGGAAACGGUCACGUGUUUGACAAAAGCGAAUUAAAAAGAGAAACCUUGAAGCAAAGAAGUAGUGAGGUGGCGACAGUAGGCCAAAGUAACCAUAAGACGAACGGUCACUUGAGAGGUGCAGAGGGUAGCCAAUACCAACCCCUCGGAAGAAAGACUGAGAAUGGGGAAAUUCAAAAUGAUAAUUGCUUUGUAAACAUGGAGGAUGAAUGGUGGACGGAGCACAUCCGUAUUAUACGAUACAACGCCUUCGUGCUUGUUAUGUUUUUCUCAGUGACUGUUGGAAUUUUGUACGGACCAUUGCGAAGCCUGACCACCGCAGUGCUGAUGAUUAUGUGUCUUAACUUUCCUCAUCUCUUCGCCUACAUGUCGCUGUCCUUCACCUCAGCAACGAUUCGAACCCUGUGUUCCUAUCGAUGGCUGGUGCGCCACCCAGACGCCCACUUCCCCGUGCUCAUAGUGAUAAUGCCCUAUGGGAUAAUGCUUUUAAGCGGGCUUUUAUAUUUUCAUAACCACAUUUUUACAUGCGUGAUACUACUCGGGGUCAACGUCUUACUUGUGGCACGCGGUAUUGACCUCGUACGCGAGUUCGAGAUGACUGAAAACGGCUCGGUGCAUUGGGUAGAUAUCUCCCUGCAAGAUCGUGAAAAGCUACUUCAGCCGUCCUUGGCUAUCCUCCUGGAGGACGCCUACGAAAGGGACGACAAGCAAAUCGGAAUUGUAAGCCUAGAUAUGUCUUUUGACAUGGACAACAUGCUGAUCAAGUAUUCAAAUGGUACAGAAAUUCAAAUUUCGAGGAAGCAAAUCAUACCUAAUGGUGCCGCACGACGUCUUACGCGCAUUCGAGAGUUUUAUUUCUACGUGCUGCCUCGUCUAUUGUCGCUGCAAAGCCAAUGCUACUUUGUCGGUUCGACCUUUCGCACAGCUCGUAUUAUCCUUCGGGCGGUGUACAUUACAAUUUUGAUUUUGUUUGCUUUCAUUGUGAGUGGUAUGUUAGUGCAAGCGGCCUUUCCUGAGCUGCGCCCCAUCCCCGUACGCGCCCGUGCAUCCCAUGGCGGCCGUCUUCUCACCUUUGAUCACAUUGUAGUUCACAUGCACCUCCUAUCUCGCUCUAACGUAACGUGUGAAACCGACGACGCAAUGCGCGCUAUGCAUACGGCGAAACUCAGCAAUUUCAAGUGGCUCAAACCCACCUCCAACGACAACGAAGACUUAUACCCUUAUUUGUGCACACGUGACUAUUACGGAACCUCGGUGUGGGAAUUGGCGCUGCUGGCACUUGCCCCCUAUCUCUCGAGCACGGAGGAAAUAGGUACCAUGUUAAACUAUAUGAAUACAAAUAUGGGCUCUGACUGGGUCGUCCAACCGCGCUACGGCACUGCAUGUGUGCCGACAAAUUCAAACCACAAGCCCACCGGCUGGACCGGUUUUUACGAUUUUUAUAGCAUUUCUAGAAACAUGUCAGUAAUUGCGGUGCGUGGCACGGAUCUCUUCUCUUUUACAGACUUCCUCAUUGACAUUGACCUUUUUUUUGAAACCGUGCUAUACCAAUUCAUGACUAUGGUUGUGCCUGGUUCGGUGGUCGUGCCGAAAGAACUUGUGGUCAACCUCAUUCGUCUCGUCUCCCUUCAGGAAAAGCUUUGGAGCCCUAUCGACACCCCCUCUCAUGUUGAGCCAAGUAGUGAGGAGACGUGGGCGCAUCUCUUGAACUCCACCAACAAGUCGCUUCGGGAGUGUAAAUACAACAACUAUCAUCGUAAUUUUUACGCUGAUGUGUACAACCACCUCGUCUUUCGCGGCCUGCAACCCGAUCACCCAAAGCAUGUAGUAUUGACCGGGCACUCACUCGGAGGGGCUGUCGCCGCCAUUCUCGCUGCACAACUGGACAUCAAGGCAGUUGCCUUCAGUGCACCCGGUAUCCUCCUGGGUCGGAAAAAGUUCGACGUGAAUUUGCGCCUGAUUAACAAGAAUGUUAUGACCGUCAUUUCCUCCGGCGACAUUGUGCCGAAACUCGGUCAACACGGCGGCGAAGUACACCACGUUGAAUGUCUCGCUUCAACAACAGAACUAUGCCAUGCCAUGGAGUUUCUCAUUGGCACACUCUGGCGUUCUUGUGCCUCGCUGCGUGCCAAGUACCCCCUAAUUCAGAGGGUGGUUUAA